AUGGGCGGCGGUGCAAUCGCCGUGGGGGAGGCGAGGGGCGCGUUCCUUCAGGAAGAGAGACCGCACCAAACGAGACAGACUCCUCGUCCGUUAAGCGGCGGUCUGAUGCUGAUCACGUCGCUGGCGGCCGGUGCGACGGCCGGGGCAGUUGCCAAGACUGUCAUUGCGCCUCUCGACCGUGCCAAGAUCAGAUUCCAGACUACUGAAAUUCCCUACUCAACUCGCGCCGCUGUGCAGUUCCUGGUGAACAGUGCGAAGACGGAAGGUGUGAUGGCGCUGUGGAGGGGCAACAGUGCCACCAUGGCCCGGAUCAUUCCCUACGCCGGUAUUCAGUUCGCGGCGCACGAGCAAUGGAAGAAGUUGUUCGGAAUCGACACGCCGUCUGCUGCUCAGGAGCACCCCAUCCGGCUGCUAAUUGUGGGUUCCUUGGCCGGCGUGACGUCACAGAGCGCCACGUAUCCCCUCGACUUCGCCAGAGCUCGUAUGGCCGUGUCGCCGAAGAGCGAAUACGGAUCUCUACGCAUCGUGUUUAUACGCGUCGCCAGGGAGGAGGGCAUCCGAACUCUAUAUAGGGGCUACCCAGCGACCAUAAUGGGCGUUAUCCCCUACGCAGGGGUCUCAUUCUUCACGUACGACACACUGAAGAGGUGGUAUUCAGAGACCUUCGGGUCGGGCGCGAGCGGGCUGACGAACAUCGCGCUGGGCGGGGCGGCGGGCGCGGUGGCGCAGACGGCGUCCUACCCGCUGGACAUCGUGCGGCGCCGCAUGCAGACCGCGCGCCGCAACGCCGACAUGUCCUACCCCUGCCCCAGCAUCGUGGAGACCCUCGCGCACAUAUACAGGGUGGAUGGCUGGCGAGGAUUCUUCAAGGGUCUCAGUAUGAACUGGGUUAAAGGUCCAAUCGCAGUGGGCGUCUCUUUCGCCACAUAUGACUUUACUAAAACUCUACUCCGUGAUUUCGCACACGUGGUUCAAGGCUCAUGA